AUGGUUAGCCCCAAAGACGUACCCCAUGAAAUCUUGUUAGACAUCAUUGCAAAAUUGCCUGUGAAAUCUCUGUUGAAGUUCAGAUGUGUUUGCAAGUCUUGGCAUGCUUUAAUUAGCAGCCCAAGUUUCAUAAGCGCCCAUCUCGAAAGGACUGCCAUGAAAAGUGGUCGUGAUUAUUUACUUAUGUACUCUGACAAUCCAGAUUGCUUGUCAGUCUUUUGUCCUGAAACAUAUGCCAAGUGUUUGGAGUUAGAUCUUCCUAGGCAUAAGAGUGGUUCCUCUUUCUACAUUUAUGGUUCCUGCAAUGGAUUGCUUUUUAUAUCUGAUACUACUAUGGAGAAUACAUAUUUAUGGAAUCCAUCAAUCAGGAAGUUCAAGAGACUUCCCAAAGGUCUCAUUCGUGGCAAGUAUCGUUACAGCGGCGUUGCUACUGUCGCUCUUGGGUUUGGCCUCGAUGUUGGUGGAAAUGACGACAAAGUUGUGAGAAUUGGGAGGUUUUUGCAUGGCGUCUGUGUCGAGGUUUACAGCCUUAGGUUGGAUUCUUGGAGAAUAAUCAAUGCAGCUCCCCCUGUGACAAAAUAUUUAGCAUAUUCUGGAGCGAGAAAUGGGCUUACUUGA